CUCAGUCAUGAAGCCAGAGAUGAUCUAAAGGUCAAGCUAGCUGAGCUUGACGCUGAGAUUGCUUCAGUCAAAUCCCAACUGGAACCCCUGCAGCAACUACACGCCCAUCUUAUCUCCGAACGCCAUACUCUGGAGAAUCAACUCCAAAAGCUCAGUACCACCCAUCGCUCGCAGAUCAAAUCAUCCGCUCGAGCGUCUACCACUUCCGGAAUAGACUACCAAGGCUGUUCCUUCCCCUGGUCACCUGCUAUUGCCACUACUCUCCGACAAGUUUUCAAGCUCUCAGGCUUUCGUUUAUGCCAAGAAGGUGUCAUCAACGCAGCCAUGGACGAUCGAAAUAUCGUCUGUGUCAUGCCCACCGGCGGUGGUAAAAGUUUAACAUAUCAGUUGCCAGCGAUGAUGGGACGAGGAGUCACGGUGGUCAUUAGUCCUCUAUUGGCUUUGAUAUGGGAUCAAGUAAGGUCGUUGAAAGACCUAGGCGUGGAGUGUGCGAUGAUGACUGGAGCGACUACGAAGGCAGAACAAAACCAGAUUUAUGAGAAGAUAGAAGGUGGCAGCUCGAAGGGCGGAAGAGAACUGCGUCUUUGUUAUGUCACACCUGAAAAAGUCGCAAAGUCCAAGAGGUUCAUGUCCGCGCUGGAAAAGGCCAAUGCCAUGGGUCGUCUGCCUGAAAGACAUGUAGACGAAGCGCAUUGUUGUUCGCAGCUUGGACAUGAUUUCCGACCCGACUAUAAGAAGUUAUCAGUCUUGAAGACAUUGUUCCCACGUGUACCUAUCCAAGCUGUCACCGCGACACUGAGUACGAAAACACUUCCAGACCUCCUGAAGAUUCUGCAGCUUCCACCAGUAUGCGACGGUAACAAGGCCAACUCCACUGGGACUGUGUUCUUCUCUGCACCCCUCCACCGUGCCAAUUUGCAUUACAAGGUACUGCCGAAGCCUUCUUCCGCCAAAGCUGCUAUAGAGCGGAUAGGUAAUUGGAUACAAAGAAAACAUCCAGGGGAUAGCGGGAUAAUCUACUGUCUCAGCAAGAAAGAUACUGAGACAGUCGCUGAUGAGCUCCGUGAAUGGUCCAGAGGGCAAAUCAAGACGGGUGUAUAUCAUGCAGGGGUGGAUGAUGCAGCUAAAGAGGGAAUACACCUUGAUUGGAGGAAAGGCCGUAUAAACUGUAUCUGUGCCACCAUAGCUUUCGGUUUGGGCAUAGACAAGGGCGAUGUCAGAUAUGUUAUUCAUCAUUCCAUGUCCAAAUCUUUGGAUGGGUAUUACCAAGAGACUGGGCGUGCGGGUCGAGAUGGAAAAGAUAGUGAUUGUGUACUAUUUUAUCGUGGUCAAGAUGCUUCCCGUCUAUCGUCAUUAAUCUACGGGGACGUAGAUGGUACUGCCAAAUUACAUGAAAUGCUUCGAUUCGCUCAAGAUCUCAAGACAUGUCGAAAGGUGGCAUUUGCAAAAUACUUCGCCACUUCCUCUUCCCUCUCCACAUCGGCAUGGGAUCAUCCUUCUUCCAUUUCUAACUCAACUUCAACAUCUUCCGUAUCUCCUUGUGGAGUAUGCGACAAUUGUUCCCGUCCUACCUCUUCCAUUUUCACUCGUAAUGUCACAUUGGAGACUUGGCAAAUUAUCAAAGUCUUAGAUGAAGUCACCGCUCAAGGAGGAAGGGUCACCCUUUCGAAUCUUGCGGAUUUGGUGAGAGGUCUGGGUGGAGGUUCUUUUGGUAUCAUGAUACAGGGUAAGAAAGGGAAGAGGAGGAUGGGUGGGGAAAAGGAGAAAUUGGACCUGAAUGAGGUUGCGGGGGGGAAGGUAGGAUUGAGUAAAGAGGCGAGUUCCUCUUUGUUGAUACAUCUCACACUACUAGGUUAUUUGCAAGACUCAUAUCACGCUACAGCUUAUACCGUCAACGUUUAUAUAUCCUUAGGGCCCAAUUCCAUCCGUUUAUCACGUUUUUCUCACGAAACAGUCCAAACUUCCGGACCAACCAUUGAAUAUACAUUC